UUUUCAAUUAAACAUGGCAGCUUCCCUAAUAAAGCAGAGUUGUUGACCUUAUUGACUAUAUAAAAACCUACGACACUAUCUAGUCUGUCACACUGCUCACGUUUAAUUAUUGUUGCAACGACAAACCAAAGCGCCUGUGCAGCGGUGAGUCGCAGUUUUUAACAGGAUUUUGAAGACCAUGACGUCCACAUAGUGGGAGAAGCAGAGCAGCAUCAUGGAGUUCACUUCAGAUGAGGAGGGAAGUCAACUCACAACCAAUGUCGUCGAUAUGACCACCAGUGAACGGGUGGUGGAUCUGCUGAACCAGGCUGCCCUGAUACCCACAGAUGAAAAGCUAACGGUGCUCAAACAGGUCCAGGAGCUCAUCAUUAACAAGGAUCCCUCUCUUCUUGACAAUUUCUUGGAUGAGUUGAUCGCCUUUCAGACUGACAAGUCUAUCGAAGUGAGAAAAUUCGUCAUUGGCUUCAUAGAGGAAGCAUGUAAAAGAGACAAUGAGCUCCUUCUCAGACUGGUCGCCAAUCUGAACAUGCUGCUGAAGGAUGACAGUGUGAACGUGGUGAAGAAAGCCAUCCUCACACUCACCCAACUCUACAAAGUUUCACUGCAGUGGUUGGUGCGCUCUAAGGCAGUAUCAGAGAGGCAGGAGGCAUGCUGGGAUCUGGUCACACAGAUGAAAGGAGAUGUCCUGGCCUUACUGGACUCCGAAAAUGACGGCGUUCGCACUCACGCCAUCAAGUACACAGAGUCGUUAAUCAUCACUCUGUCGCCGCGGACGUCAGACUCUGAUGUUCCCAAGCGACAGGAGAGUGACACCAGCCUGGACAAAGUUCCCAGAGAUCACUCGUACAUCCGCUACGAUGUGUUGUGUGAGGAGGGAAAGACUGCACUGGAGAAGCUGCUGAAGUUCAUGGUCCAUCCGGCCAUUACCAGCAUUAACCUCACCACAACACUUGGCUCCCUGGCCACUAUCGCCCGCCAGAGGCCAAUGUUCAUGUCAGAGGUGGUGCAGGCAUAUGAGACGUUGCAUGCAAACCUGCCACCCACUCUGGCCAAGUCUCAGGUCAGCAGCGUGCGAAAGAAUCUGAAGCUGCACUUGGUGGCGGUCCUCAAGCAUCCCUGCAGCCUGGAGUUCCAGGGUCAGAUCGGCACUCUGCUGCUGGACCUGGGAAUGCCCCAGAGUGAAAUAACCCGCUCUACUCCGGCACCACGUGAGCAGCGCAAAAGGCCUCGCCAUGAAGAAUACACAGAGGGAAAAAAGGUCAAGAUGGAGCCGGCCCUGAUUGAGGAUGACGAGGACAAGGAGGAGCCAGCCCCGCUCUCGGUUCCUAAACCAGCUGCUGUUCCAGUAGCACAGUCUGCCAUUGACCUCACAGCUGAGUUCCUGCACCCGCUGCUCUCCCCAGAGAAUGUAGCCAACCUGGUGCUCAUCAGCAUGGUGUACCUGCCUGAUGUCAUGCCGGCAUCCUUCCAGGCCACAUACACACCUGUUGAGUCAGCUGGCACUGAUGCCCAAAUUAAACAUCUGGCCAGGUUGAUGGCCACGCAGAUGAGUGCAGCUGGGAUUGGUCCAGGACUUGAGCAGUGCAAAGCCAGAGAAGACGAUGCAGUGAAGUGCGAAGGCAACGACGAGGACCCUGCUGCUAAAGACCCGUUCAUCAAGCGCAAAGUUCCAGCUGUGAUGUUGGGACAAGCCAUCUCUGUGGUGGGAGGUUACGAAAAAGAAAAGACUCCACCCCCAGAGGCUCCCGUCAUAGUCAAGAGGCUUCCCGAGCCCAUCCUUCCUACGGGACAAACCAAAAUGGCGGGGCCAAGUGGGAGAAAAAAAGUGUUCCGCUUGUCCGAUGUCGUCCAGCCUUUAUCAGACGCCGAGAUCGAAAAGUUAACCUCCAAAGCGGUCAGACGCAUCCUGCAUUCCGAGAAGACGAUUGCUCAAAGCGGCAUGUCCCACGUCAGAGUGAAGCUCCUCUCCAAGCUCGUGACGCAGUUCAAAGGGAUGAUGAAAGAAGACGUGCUGCAAUUUAUUCUGGAUGACAUCAGGACAAGGAGUGACCUGGCCUUUGCGCUCCUCUACCAAGAGUACAACACUUACCUCAGCCACCUGCCGACCGGGCAGCUGGACAGCUACGACCACUGUCUUUACACUCUGCUGUCGGGCCUGCAGGAGAAACCCGAGCAGAGGGAUGGACUUUUCACCAAGCUGGUGCUGGAGGCUCCCAUUAUAACCGAGUCAGCGCUGGACGUAAUCCGACGCUACUGCGAGGAUGAGUCUCGGGUGUAUUUGGGCAUGACGACUCUGAAGGAGCUUAUUGUCAAGCGGCCCUCGAGGCAGUUUCAGUAUCUGCAUGUGCUUCUGGAUCUCAGCUCACAUGAAAAAGAGAAGGUGCGGACCACUGCCUUGGCUUUUCUCAAGCGUAUGUAUGAGAAAGACCAUCUCAGGGACUACAUUGAGAAGUUUGCCCUGAACUACAUGCAGCUUCUGGUCCAUCCCAACCCUCCAUCUCUGCUCUUUGGGGCUGACAAAGAUACAGAGGUGGCUGCCCCAUGGACUGAAGAGACCGUGAGACAGUGUCUGUUCCUCUACCUGUCCCUGCUGCCUCUAAACCACCGAUUGGUCCACGAGCUGGCAUCAGUCUACACCGAGGCCAUCGCUGACAUCAAGCGCAGCGUGCUUCGAGCGAUAGAGCAGCCUAUCCGUGGAAUGGGGAUGAACUCUCCUGAGCUGCUGCUCUUGGUUGAAAACUGUCCUAAAGGGGCAGAGACUUUAGUGACCCGCUGUCUGCACAUAUUGACUGAUAAAGUGCCUCCAUCUCCAGAGCUGGUGGAGAGAGUGCGAGACCUUUACCACAAACGAGUGCCAGAUGUUCGUUUCCUAAUUCCAGUCAUUAAUGGCCUUGAAAAGAAUGAAGUCAUCCAGGCUCUCCCCAAGCUGAUCAAACUCAACCCGAUUGUAGUGAAGGAGGUGUUCAACCGUCUCCUGGGCACUCAGCACAGUGAGGGAAGUUCAUCCGUGUCCCCUCUCACCCCCGGAGACCUGCUGAUUGCCUUACACAACAUAGAUUCAACCAAAUGUGAUAUGAAGUCCAUCAUUAAAGCUACCAACCUGUGCUUUGGGGAGAAAAACGUGUACACGUCGGAGGUUUUGGCGGUGGUGAUGCAACAGCUGAUGGAGCAGAGUCCCCUCCCCAUCCUGCUCAUGCGUACCGUCAUCCAGUCCCUCACCAUGUAUCCGCGACUGGGAGGCUUCGUCAUGAACAUCCUGUCCCGCCUCAUCGUCAAGCAGGUGUGGAAGUAUCCCAAGGUGUGGGAGGGAUUUGUGAAGUGCUGCCAGAGGACGAAGCCUCAGUCGUACAGCGUGCUGCUACAGCUGCCGCCCGCACAGCUGACGAGCGUGUUUGAACGCUGCCCGGAGAUGAGAGAGCCUCUUCUGCAGCAUGUCCUCUCCUUCACACCUCAUCAGCAAGCUCACAUACCUGCCUCCAUCAUGUCGGUCCUGGAAGUGCAUAAACAGCCAGAACCAAAACCUGUGGAGCCUGUCGUGGAGAAAGAGAUGGAACCAGUUCCUGCCCCAGUUGAAGAAGAGGCUCCCACUGUGACACUGGAAAGGUCAGAGACGCCAGAGCAGCAACAACCAGCUGUCACGAAAGAUGAGGAAGAACCAAUGGAGCAAGAAGAGCCCGCUCCAGUGAUACAGGAGGAAACUGUUGAUACUGUUUCCCAGGAGUUGACAAGAGCGGAAGAGACACAAUCGCCUCAACCAGAGCCAGUUGAGGAACCGAUGGAGGAUUCUCAACCUGAACCCUCAGACCUCCAGGAGCCUGUGAAAGAUGUUGAAGCUGACGUCACAGAACCCGAGGCUGGAAGCGGCAGCGAAGAUGUAGAAUGACUGCUGAAAAUAUAUGCACUAUACACAAUUCUCGCCUUUUGCAAACAUCCCACAGAUUUUUAGAAUGUCUUGUCAAGAAAAUGCUCUUUAUUCUUUUUGUAUUUGUAGAAAACAGAUUUUGAGGAGGGGGGGGUGAUCAGGAAUAGCUGUGUAUGAAUUCCAUAUGCAUCCAUGUGACGACUUAAAAUAAAUCAAUGAAAUGCUG